UCGAUUGAUAACAGCAAAUUUUUUGUAUAAAUUAUGUUCGUUUGGAACAUAUUAAAGUAUAAUUAUAUAUAUUAUUCGUAGAUUCCACGCCUAUUUCCAUAAAUUUACGGUAUAUACGCCUACAUUAAAUAUACUAUACAACAUUGUUCUAAAUUUAAAAAGUCAGCAGUCGUUUUGUAAUUAUAGUCGAUUUAUAUUAGAAAAAACGUAAUAUUAUAAAAAAUUAAAUAUGUUCAUUUAUUUUCAAUUUGUUUCUAGCUUCGCAUUUUCAUUUCCAACAUUUCGCGGAGAACAUUUCUUUUGAUUGAAAAUGUUAAAGAUGCUAUCCCAGAAUUAUUAACAAUAUACAUAAUAUUUUGAUUAUACUAAUUUUACGCAAAUAUUUUAAAAUGUGAUAUAUUCAUACUGUUUAGAUUUUUUAUAAUGAAUUAUUUAAAUAUCAAACGUUAACAAUAAUUUUUUUAUUCUGUAUUCUUAAAGGUUCAGAUAAGUAUUGAGUUGUCCCAAAAGUUUCUUUCGCUUUGUAUGUAAAUAAUGGAUGCAUAAUAUUUUAUAUCAUGUCAUUGAGCUAUGUACAAUUCAUUCUUUACAUAAUAUCAUUUUCCCAGAAUUUCUGGAAUUUGCUAGCAAAAUAUCGUUCUAGAUGCAUUUUUAGGUCAUUUAUUGAACUGAAUCUUUUACCGUGAAAACAAUUUUUUAACGGAAGGAAUGAAUAAUAAUAAUCUCGCGGAACCACGUCCGGAGAUUAUGGAAGAUGAGGUAGAACAACCCAAUCAAAUGAUAAUAAUUUGUUUCUAACAGCUAAAGAUAUAUGGGUUCUGACGUUAUCGCAAUAGAAUGCGACGUCUGUUCGUUAAUUCUGGUCAUUAGAAACAACUUAUUAAAUUUAAUUGCGAUGUUUUACCUUCUCCGUACUCUCCGGAUAUUCCAUCGUGAUUAUUAUUUAUUCUUUUUGUUAAAAAAUUCUCUUCGCGGUAAAAGAAUCAGUUCAAUAGAUGAUAUUAAAAUAUCUAAAACAAUAUUUUUUUAGCAAAUCCCGGAAGUUUUGGAAAAAUAGUAUUAUGUCGUUUCUGGAGAGAUAGAGGAAAGUAAUAGAUUAUAAUGGGUCGUAUAUAACUCAAUAAUUUGGCAUAAAACAAAAUAUUGUACAUCUAUUAUUUAUUAAUAAAAAAAGAGAAUCUUUUUUACAACCUAAUGUAAUAUUGAUAGUGAUAACAUUUAUUAAUAAUUAGCGGGAAAAAACUCUUUGUUAGAUACAGUAAUUAAUAAAAACAAUAAAAAAGUAUAAAGAAUUGUCGAUUUAUAAAAGUGAUCGUGGUAGAAAUGUUUUAAAUGAAGUUACGCAUGUAGGACUUCAGAUGCAAUGAACUCCAGAAUGCAAGGUCAAACGGGACUGGACAAGCUUCCCGUAGCAAGAAAGUUGUACGGCCCUGUAAUAAAGAGUUAAUCGGCAGUCGCCGUCACGAAUUCGUUGGGAUCGCAUAUCGUUUCUAUUACGUUCGGCAUUAGAUAAAACGUACCUUGGAAACAUAAUGCUUCUUCUGCUAAAUAAAGUGAAUUCAACGAACUACGUGAAAAAUUCUUUUUUCAACGCGACAUCUAACUAUAUGCAACUAUUGAAUCAUAGUGAAUAACGUACAUCUUCUUUGUUAGCUUCUUGAUGUAUUCUCCAUCAACUAGUGUAAUCUCCUUGUUGCGUAUAAAAUUCUCGUAUUUAAUGAAUCUAAAAUUGUGAAAAAUUAGUCAGCUGAACGUGUCCUAAAAAUUGUUUACUAAUUAGUAAUAAUUGCUAAAAAUUUCAAAUUAUUAUUUACUCACAAUAAAAUUGUGUCUUAAAAAUCUGCUAUUACAAAAUAUUUUGAAGUUUUGAUUUUUGAAAGUGUGAACAUACGUAUAUAUAUUGUGGUGUAACAUUACUGGAAGCAUAUAUAUAUGUGUAUAUAUUUAGUAUUCCUCUCGGUGGAAUUUUGAUUAUAUGAAACUAAAUGAUCAUUUAUAUUUAUUUUGUGGGGGAAAACAUCCAUUUCAUAAGCAGCACACAGCUGAAACAUUUUAAGCUGUAAUCAUCGUUUGUGAUUGUGCGCUGUAUAUGUGAUAACAGAUGAUAACAUAGUGUAACCUGCGUAAAUGCCCAUUUUCGUGGGUCAAAUUCCAGUGGUUUAUCUCGACGAUUAGUUUAAAUAUAUAUUUAACAGUCGUCGGAUGUAAGAAAUCAAGAUGGAAGCGCAUCAUAAUAAUGCAAUCGUUAAUCCAUCAGCGAGAAUGAUCGACGAAGAAGAAUGCACCGUUCAACUGACAAUGGGAGAGGAUCAGAAAUUUUUGAAUUCAGAUUCUCAGUCGGUUACCAAGAUGCACAUCGAGUUUGACAAUCUUUCGUAUUCCAUCUGCUCUGGUAAAGAAAAAUCGAGAAGAAUAUUAGAGGAUGUAACAGGAUGUUUUCGUCCUGAGAGAUUAACGGCGAUUAUCGGUCCUUCGGGCGCUGGGAAAACGACAUUACUUCGUAUUAUAUGUAACCUGAAAAGUACAAAUGUUAAAGGAUCGAUCACAGUUAACGGUAAAGAAUGGAAUGGCAAAGCUUUCCGAAAACAAACAUGUUUCUUACCGCAAGAAUUUGCUUUACAACCUCUUCUUACUGCCAGAGAAACGCUCUACAUUGCAGCACGUUUAAAGGUUCAGGGUAUUCGUGAACUACGCUCCUUCAAUUUGAUUGUGACGGAAAUAGCGGAAAAUUUGAAUUUGACAAGCUGCUUAAACACUUUAGUAGAGAAUCUAAGUGGUGGAGAACGGAAAAGAUUAUCAAUUGGUGUAGAAAUAAUCACAAAACCAUCUGUCUUAUUACUCGACGAACCAACCAGUGGGCUUGAUAGUACAUCUUCGAAUCAGGUAAUUGGACUGUUGCAUAAAAUAGCAAAAGGAGGUUGCACAGUCGUUUGUGCGAUUCAUCAACCCAGUAGUCGUAUGAUAUCGCAAUUUGACGAUUUACUGGUUAUACAUAACGGGACAUCGUUUUAUUGCGGAGCUUGGGAAGAUGUUUUCUGCACGUUCAGUGAAGCAGAAUAUGUGUGUCCUCAAUUUUAUAAUAUAUCCGAAUUUGUUGUAGAAGUCAUAACUGGGGAAAGAAGUGGUGAUUUAAAUAAUCUACAGAAACUUAGUCGAGAUAAAUACUUAAAAUGGAAGAAACACUUCCAACAUUCUAUUAGAGGAAUAAAUGUUACAGUCGCUGCAAAAUUGGAUAAUAGUACCGACAUAUCGAAGCUAUCGUCUAUAUGGCAAGAACAAAAGAUUUUAUUAUUAAAAGCACUAAUUUGUAUUAAAAGAGACAAUACUUUGACAAAACUGAGAUUCGCAGCUCACGUUGUAGUAGCUUUUCUACUAGGCAUAGUAUUUUACGAUUCAGGAACUAAUGCUAGUAGGAUUCACAGCAAUAUAGCUUGUGUAUUUUUUAUUCUGCUGUUUUUAUAUUUCGCGAAUUCCAUGCCGGCUGUGCAGAUGUUUCCUAUAGAAGCUGCAGUUUUUAUACGAGAGUACUUAAAUAAUUGGUAUCAUUUAAGGUCUUAUUUUUCUGUAAAAGUAUUGUCAGAUUUGCCAUUACAAAUUCUUACACCUUCGGUAUUUAUUUCAAUUGCAUACUAUAUGACUGGUCAACCGAUGCAAUGCGAUAGAUUUUUACGUACGUGGUUGAUUUGUAUUUUAACAACAAUUCUUGGACAAUCAUCAGGAAUGCUUGUUGGGGCUGCAUUCGAUACGCAUAUGGGAAUUUUCUUGAUUCCUGCACUCAAUAUGCCAAUGAUAUUAUUUGCCGGUUUUUUCCUAAAAUUUAGGGAAGUGCCAUCAUUUCUCCAACCUUUGUGUUCCAUUAGUUUCUUUAGGUAUGGAUUUGAAGGUAUUUUGCAAGCAAUUUAUGAUGGAGACAGAAAAAAUUUACGAUGUGAUGAAAUCUACUGUCCAUUACGUUCACCUAAAAAGAUCUUAGAAGAGAUAGAUAUGCCCGCAAUUUCCUAUUACAUGACUGUAUUAGGUUUAUCUGUUUGGAUAGUGUGUUUACAACUCUUGACAUACUUGGUACUUAAAUGGAAAGCACAUAAAGCCAAAAGAUGAUGUGCUUAAAUGUAUCUAUACAUACUUUUCAUAUGAUAUUGAAUUAAUUAAAAUUUAUAUAACAAGAUAUUAUUAAUACUUAUAUUGAUAUUUUUGUAAAUUUUGUCAUUGUGAUAUUUGUAUACAAUUAAUAAUUAUUAUGUAACUAUUAUAUUAUAUAAAUGGUAAUACUUAUUCUUUAUUUAAGACAUAUUUACAUACGUUCCGUUACAGCUCGUAAGCCAAGCAAUUUAUGAAAAUUUUCGAAUAUUACACGUGUUGCGAUAAUAUUUAUCAGAUUUUAUAUAAAUAGAUAAGAGCACUAAAUCUUUUUUUAUAAUACACGUAAUGCUUCUAUUUUUUCACUUCAUUAUACUUUCUAGAUCUAAAAUACGGAUUUUCUUAACAAGAUAAAUAUUUUCCAUUAUCUAUGUAUGUUCAUAUUGCAAAUAUCGAACACUUUUAUACUCGAUCAAGAAAUAUUCAUUCGUAGAAGUACUAUAUCUGAGAAUAAUCCAAAGGUUAUCAUAAGUUUAAUAAACGUAUUCUUUUAGAAAUAUCUUUCAAAUGUUUUACUGUUCCUUUAAUCGUAAUCACAAGUCCAAAGUAUUUCCGUAAAUACUCACAUAAUGUAGCUCACUGACGACGGGAACAAGAAUGCUUUGAAUAGGAUUGUUUCAAAGUUGCAAUUGAUUAACUACGAUUUCUUCGUCCCACCAAAUAUAAAUAUAUUAAUAAAAUAAUUGUAUAAAAAUACUUUACAUGUACAAUUGAUAAUUUCAAGUACAAAAAGGGCAAGAAAUUUCUUACAUCAUACGUUACAGAAUAAUGAACUUAACAAUAUCAUUUUAUACAGAAGUAUGAGCAGUAUUCAAUUGUAUAAUUAAUUGUAUAGAUGUACAAUUAGUUGUAUCAUUAACAAUUUCAAGUAGGAGGAGCUAAAAGGUUUCUCACGUUAUAAAUUAUAGAAAUAUGAACAUAUAAAAUAUACUUAUAAAAUAAAAGUCUGCGUAACGUACAAUUGGAGAAGCAAUUUUCUCAUUUUAUUUCGUAAAUUGAUAUGUAAAAAAAUAUACUUGCAUUGAUAAUUGACGUUCGUUGAGCAAUUUUAAAAUAUCACGUUCAACUUCCGAAAAUAUUGUUUCGGAAAAAUGUAUCAGCUUAAAUAUAUACUUAAAUUACAAUAUAACAGCGCGUUUCUUCU